AUGGCAAAACGCAAGCCUCGUCACGGCGCGCGUAGAGCUAUGGACGAUCAACAGGGAAAGGGCGCUGCGGCCGCCGCGGUCUUUUAUACGGCGGAGUUGCUGGAGCACAUUCUCAAGUUUCUAUCGAUGAAGGACCUGCUGCUGGAUCAACGCGUUUGCAAGCAAUGGCGGGACGUGAUCAAGCAAUCGCCAGAGCUCCAACAGAAUCUCUUCUUCCGGCCAAGAGAAGCGCGAGUUUACUGGCUCUGCCGUUCUCAAGACGCGCUGCAUAUGAUCAGCCAAAUCACCAACAACUACGCCCCUGCUGAAGAUGAGCUGGUGUUCCCGUCCGGCAAGCUGAAUCCACCAAUGUUUUCCAUUCCGAAGAUGGACAAUUACGGCGCCGUGCUUGCUGCAGCACAGGGCGGGUUCGAGAGCUUUGAAUUUCGAUUUCCGAAAACCUUUCGCAGCUAUGCGCACAUCCGGGGGGUUCAUGGCGUCGAAUGCUCAUAA